GCAUACAGCUGCUGCUUCUGUAGAUAGAACGGUCAGGAAUAGCUCUAAUAAUGUGACUGAUCGCCAGAUGAGAGGUCCGAGAGGACAUAGGCAUCAGACACGUCAAAACAUCGCCUGGGUGAGUGACAGAGAGAACCUCAUGGACUCUAGACGCCUUCUGUGAUCAAACUUCGCUAUGGCUGCCCAGUCAAGCUUGUACAAUGAAGACAGGAAUUUACUUCGCAUCAAAGAACAAGAGAGGCGUAACCAUGAAGCUGUUCAAGAAAGAUGCCCUUUCCAAGACCAGGCACCCCUUUUUCCAGAACCUUACAAGAGAAGCAGAGGAGAUGAGCUGUCAAGUCGUAUCCAAAGUAUGCUGGGUAAUUACGAGGAGGUAAAGGAGCUCAUUGGCGCAGAACGCAAUCAGAAUUUUAUUGGCAUCCCUAAAAGUGCGUUACCGGUUUCCACACAAGGAAAAUCCGACAGGCUAAACUCAUUUAACAGUGGUGCACAUCGGCCAGUUGGGGCAUCCAACUCUUCUAUUGUGCCCUCUGGGCAACGGAAUAGACAUUACCCAGGCCCUGAGCCAGUGACAAGACACCUUGGUAAAAGUCAAAGCUGUGCUCAAGGAAAUCUAAAGAAUAACACUCGUAAGGAACAACCUGGAAUCAAGGCCAUGGAUAAAAUUGGCAGACGAGUUCAAGACUUUUCCAUUGAACAGUUAGCCUCUCCUUCCUCCAUAUCUGCACUUUCUCCCCUUCUCUCCUCCUUGUCCCCUCCAGGCGAGCCGUUGUCACCGUUACAUUCCACCCAUGACAUGGAUUCAAUGCCGCAAGGCAGCCAUAGCCGUGAGAAUGUGUACAAUCAUGUUAAAUCAUCUCCAUCCCCAAGUGACACAGGGAAAAAGGAUGGUCCUUCCUCUGUGACUAAUUUAAUACCCUCCACACAAGGAUUCCCCACAACACUGACUUCUAAAACAAAUGUGAUGCCACAAAAACCCACAGCUUAUGUGCGUCCAAUGGAUGGGUUAGACCAGGCCCCUAAUCAGUCUCCAGAUCUGAAGCCUCUGCAAGAAGACUACAAUGAAGAGUCUUUUGGAACCUUUGCAGACAUUAAAGGCAAUGAGAAGUACUCUAAACUGGAAAUGCAUUCUGUGCCAUGUGAGACCAUCACCAAUGAUGCACACUGUGUUGAAGAAAUUUUGAAGGAAAUGACCCAUUCAUGGCCGCCGCCAUUAACAGCUAUCCAUACACCCAGCACUGCUGAGCCAACUAAAUUUCCUUUUCCUACAAAGGAAAGUCAGCAAGUCCCAUCUGUCAAAGUGAACCAGAAGCAGUAUGACAGCUCUUCAAAGGUGUUGCCGAGUCCACAGGAGGGAACAUCCAAUCUGGAAGAUGACCUCCAUAUCAGUGAAAGUGACGACAGUGAUGAGGAAGAGGUCUCUGAAAAGCCGCCAUCGUCUUCUGCCUCAUCAAGCAUACUGCAAUCUCAGGCUGGCAGUGUGGUUUCUGCGCAUUCCGGUAGUGUGAACUCGGACAGCGGUGAAUCAGACAGCUCCUCAGACUCGGACAGCGAAGGCAGCUCCAGCGACAGUGAAGUAAAAGUGCCAUCAAGACCUGCUUCUCCAGAGCCUGAUCCCCCAACUAAUAUAUGGCAGUUACAAAACUGGCUGAAGACACCAGCAUCAACUGAAAACCAUAGCAAUGAUGACCAUGAACCACAAAGCCAAUGGCUGGAUAACAAAGGACAAGAAAGUCUUUCCCCCCCACCUCAUGACUCUCCAAAGACUAUUGAGCCUCAUCCAAAAAAGGCCACAUGGAUUUCUCAAGAAGAAAUUCAGAACAAAAUGGCCCACCCAAAUUCCUUGGCAUCAAGGGAAGCAGUUAUCCCAAGACAGACUGUUGGCAUUAAGCAGCCCAGAAAACCCACAAAAGCCUUUCAACAGGAAGAGCCAAAGGCAGGUCAUACUGGUCUUACUGUGGAAAGUGAACCUGCCCCAUACAGGCCCAGAGACCAGCCUUCCAAAGAAAAGCCAACUGUGAAAACGAAAGGGAAACCCAAAUCAAAUGAUUUUAAGGAGCCAAAAGCCAGCAUUGUACAUACCGUUGAGAAGAAGCACAAAAGCUCUCAUAGUAGCAACAAGAAGUGUUCAAACUUUCAAACAGACAAAAAACACACUGAUUAUUACAUACAAGAACCUUCCCCUAGCUCCAAGGAGAAAAGACAAAGCAAAGCUAAUCAUAGGACUAGUAUCCGUCACCCAGCAGUUGUUGUGCGUGAAGACUUCCACAGGGACAAAGUGUUAUUACCAAUUGGAGACAACCGAUUGCUGCCACCACCAUCACGGAACAUCCACAGGCCUCAAAAUUUGAUUGUGAAAAUAGACUUGUCAAUGCUGCUCAGGGUCCCUGGGGCACAUGGGAAACUAAGCCAUCCGAAAGGUCAUAAAGAGAUAAGGCAAGAAUCUCACAGUAGGAAGAAAGAGGGGUCAGAGAAGAAAACCGGGCAAAAUCAUAGCAAAGAGCACAGCAAGAGAAAGCAGGCAGAAGACCGGGAAAAAAAUGAAGCACAAAAGAAAAUAAAGAUGGACGCAGGAAAAAAAUCGUCUAGCCACAAGGAGUUCUCCACAAAGGUGCCUAAAAUCUCUUCGGAGAGCAUUCACAAAGAGCAUCUGCAGCCAAAGCAGAUGUCCCCAACGCAGCACAUAUUGAAGAAAGCUGAAAAGGUGGCACAUAAGAGGAGACCUAGCGAAAGCAGCACAUGCAGCCAGCAGUCCACGACAAGUAUAGGCAAAAGUAAUCAUAAAGAUCCUUCCUCUUCCAAGCACAGGAAGGUUGAAGAAAAAGAGUCCAAACUUGUAAAGAACUGCAAGGGUUCUACAGAAAAUAACGCAAAUCCUUUCCCAGUGCCUUCUUUGCCAAAUGGUAAUGCCAAGCUAACAAGACCUCAACUCAAGUUUGAAGAAAAGUUACACUCGCCAGAGCAUUAUAUGAAGGAGGCCAAGAAGUUAAAGCACAAAGCAGAUGCUAUGUCAGACAAGAUUGGGAAGGCCUUCAACUACUUGGAUGCUGCAAUGUUUUUCAUAGAGUGUGGGAUUUCAAUGGAGUCAGACGUACAAGCCCCAAAAUCUGCCUACACCAUGUUUGCAGAGACCAUUGAUCUCAUUAAAUUUAUAAUGAAACUGAAGAACUUUGCAGACAGUUCCGCACCUCUAUAUGAACAAGCAUUUGCUAUCUUAUGUAUGCGUUGCCAGUCCCUUCUCUAUAUGGCCAUGUUUCGGUACAAGAAAGAAACUGCAGUAAAGUAUUCACGCACUCUUGGAGAACAUUUCAAGAGUUCCUGUCGAGCGGCACAGGCACCUUCUCCAUGUGUUGUGAGAAUGUCUGGUACACCUUCCCCUCUGUCCCCAACACCCUCUCCCGCAAGUUCUGGAGGAUCUCAGCCAGGAUCCAUUGCUAGCAAUAGCGGAAGUCAAAACUCUUCAGUUACCAUCCCCCAAAUGAUUCAUCAAAUAGCAUCAUCAUAUGUCAAUAUCACGUCAUAUUUCCUGUAUGCUUUUGAUAUCUGGGAGCAGGCUGAUUUGCUGUCAAAGAAAAAUAAAGAAUUCUUUACAGAUCUCAGUGCAGUGGUUUGUCCCCUCGCUCUGAACAGCACUAUGAAUGAACUGGUACACUACACUAGACAGGGUUUACAUUGGCUGCGACUGGAAACAAGUAUGAUUUUAGAUGGGGCUGGAGGGCGCAUCCAGGCCCUCUGAACAUUUUCGCACUUUGAAAGGCCAUGGAUAUUCUGUGAUUGGGCACAUGAAAGGAAACUAAAGUGGGUCAAAAGGAUUUGUUUAGAAUCGACCCCUGCUGAACAUCCAUGUCUGACGGACUUACAAAGGAGACCUCAGAAGUAAAGAAUGCCUAUUGGGCUUAUCAUAAAAAAUGUGCAAUGUGUUAUUGGAAAGGUCAAACACCUCAAGGUCUUUAAACAUUUCUUUACUAAGCCAGCAGAGUGGUGAAGUCUUCUGGAAGAAUCUACAGACAUAUCACUUUGUGGAUUGUUUUAAUGAUAGGCCUCAACAGCAGAACAACUGGAAGAAACAAGACUAUGAUAACAGACUAAUUAAUGCCAAUAAUAGAGAAACUGUUGCAAAAGUAAAAUAAUAAUAAUAAUAAUAUGGUUUCCCAAAUACAGCAUUGAAUUUUUGUAAAGAAAGAGAAAAUAUAUAUGUGUAAUAUAAAUUUUUUUAAAAAGCAAAAAUCCAGGGAAUUAAACAUGACCAGGCAAAGUUUGCUAGUGCUCCUUAUGGACAUGUCCAGGUUCAAUGCUCUGUGCCUUACACAAGUAUACUCGUAGGAAACUGGUCAUGUAUUUAUUUCCUAUGCAAACUUAUUUGUUGAGAAAAAAAAAUCCUAUUUUGUGGCAUGGUUAUAAAUCCAUGUGCGUUUGAAUAAGGGAGGGCCACUGCUUUCUUAAUAGUUUUGCUUUCUGCUAGUGAUUUUCUAAGCAAUCAGGAUACUGCAUACAUUCUGCCUAUUCGCUUGGCCUUAAUAAGGAAAACUGGGUGAAGUAUAAUUAUUUUGCAUAUGAAUUAACGCUGCCAUCAAUCCUAGAGGUCUACACCCACCAUCACUGCCGUGCUUCCACAUACUAAUGUUUCAAAUACUCAAGUUUGUGUUUGGUCUUUCAGAAUCAAUUUUUUUCCCAUUUUACUAAAAGCAUUUCUAAAUAUGACGACGAUGUGUCUCCCUUACCCCACCCCCGCUUUUUACUAUCUCAAUAUAUGUACUGGAAGUUAAAGGGUAGAACAUAUGCAAUGCAGUGAUACCAUUAUUACAAUAUUUGGGGGGGUUUAAAUAAAUGGGGGCAUCCUUACCUGCUGCUGUUUUUAACUUAAAAGGAACACUAACAUUCCCAGAAUUUUUUUUCAAAACAAAGCUGUAACUCAAAAA